AUGAAUUUCUCGGUCCCUGCGACGCCGCAGAGGCCCACGCCGGGCAUGUUCAUCAACACUCCUGCGCCGAACCGAGGCGGGCUGGUACGGCAGCCAUCUUUUGCGCAACAACGGCAGCCAUCCUUUGCGCAGCCCCAGCAGCUGUCCCAGCAGCAACAGCCCCAGCAACAGUCGCAACCAGCGACACAGGCGCCUCCCGCGCCACCGGCCGAGAGCGCUAUUGAGCGUGCUGCGCGCACGAUCAACAGCAUGCUGGACAGGGACAACCGUUAUCCUCCGUUAGAGGCGUACGUUGGACAGGGCAUCUCCGGCGAAUAUGAGCUACCAACGAAUCCAGCCUGGGCACCUUUCCAGAAGCUACGAACGUAUCGACUUCCAGAGGCGGUCUUUGAACAGGUGGACCACACACAAAUGUCGACACAGAUGGGACUGUUUGCAGAGAUCAACCAUGCGUGGGUGGUCGUGGACAACCAAGUCUACCUUUGGGACUACACACACCCGAAUCCAGAGCUUGUUGGCUUUGAAGAGCAGCCCAGCAACAUCACCUGCGUAAAGCUUGUCAAGCCGCGCGCCAAGGUCUUCGUCGAAACGAUCGAAUACCUCCUGGUGGUCGCGACUGUCACCGACAUCUUUUUGAUCGCCGUCGAGUGCCAGCGAGGGCCUGAGGGUGUCCAUGGCAUCACAUUGUACCGCACAGGCUUGUCGACGUCAGUCAGGAGGGUAACGGUGACUGCGAUCGCAGGGUCAGACAAGACAGGUCGGAUUUUCUUCGGUGAUGGAAGCACAGAGGACGUCUACGAGCUCAACUACCAGCAAGAGGAUCGGUGGUUUUCCAGCAAGUGCAGCAAGACAAAUCACAUAUCGAAAACUGUAGGCCUUCCUGCGCUGCCGUUCUACGGCACCGCACAACAGGCCGGAAUCACGCAAAUGGUUGUCGACGACACUCGAAACCUCCUCUACACGCUCUCGACGAACAGCACCGUAAAGGUCUACCACAUGCGCGCACCGGCGACUCUCGAAUGCGUCAUUACACGAACCGUCUCGAAUCUCCAGACAAUGUGCAGCCACGUUGUUCGCCAGUCUGAGGUCCUCAGCAACAUGCAGAUCGUGGCACUGAGCCCUAUCGCGAGCACGGAGGCAGACCACCUUUCUCUCAUGGCGACAACGUCCACAGGAUGCAGACUCUAUCUGAGCACAACUUCAGGCGGCUGGAACAGCGACAGCACAAGCGCGCCAAACAGCAUGCAGUUGCGCCACGUUCGAUUCCCGCCUGACGAUGGCCAAACACCCCAGCAGAGCAACUCGACCCAACUACAACCGUAUCAAGGCGGCGCACCACUGGGUUUCAAUUCCAAAUACCUCAAGGAGACGAAGUAUGGCAACAGGUUUGCACCUGGUGCCUUCUUCUCUUUCGUACUGAGGUCAGAGAACCAACAGAACCAGACGCUCUUUAUCUCUGCACCACACUCGGGGUUGCUCGGUCAGCGCGAAAGCUCAGAGCCUCCACGGUAUACCGAGACUGGCCUAUCUUUGGAUCUUGUAGGCAGGAUUCAAGACAUGGGCCAGGUCUCUGAGCCUUUUUCUGCUAGGAGCGAACCUCUAGGAUUCGGCAAUGAGCUCGCGACACAAUUCGACAAGCCUCUCAACGAGUAUGCAAUCAUCACAUCUUUCGGUAUCGAGACGAUACGACGGAAGCGACUCGUCGACAUCUUCGCCGCUCUUGUUAAGUACGGUGGUGGACAAGAGGGCACUGAGGCGGACGUCCGGAAGCUUGCUAAGCAGUACGGCCUUGCUGAGACGGCAGCCACUGCUCUGGCUGUUGCUUGCAACCAGGGCUCUGACGUUGGGCCAGAUUCUCGAAUUGCCAGAAUUACCGAUCCCGAGGUGACAGACUUUGCUCGCAAGGUCUUUAUCGAUUUCGGUGGCAGGGCACAUCUGACGGAGAGCGCGACAGUUGAGGGACCCAGUGUCGAGAACGUUCGCGCAUCGCCACGACAUGAUGGUAUUGCGAUGUACGUAGCUCGUCUUGUGCGCUCCAUCUGGCAUGCUCCAGUAAUCGCGGAGGAGGCUACUCUAACAGGUCCUCUUCUCACAUCAGCUGUCAAAAUCAGCAAGCUACAGGAAAUUCAGCGUGCUUUGAUGGACUUGCAGAAGUUCCUUGGUGAUAACAAGCCCUUCAUCGAAGGCCUUGCGGGGCCAGAGGCUCUGGGACGUGUCUCAUCAAGACAAGAGGAGGUUGAGCUCCAGGGCGAGCACCGAGCGCUGACAAGCUUGGUCACACUGGUGAACGAUAUGGUAGAAGGUAUUGCCUUCGUCCUCGUUCUGUUUGAAGAGCGACUGGAGGACAUCAUGCAGCUGCUCGAUCCUAACUCUCAAGCCAUGGUUCGACGCAUGACUUUCCAGGCUCUCUUCUCUGUAAAGGAAGGUCGAGACCUCGCCAAGGAUCUGGUCAAGGCCAUCGUCAACCGCAACAUCGCAAAGGGCUCCAACGUUGAGACAGUUGCAGAGUCCUUGAGGCGGAAGUGUGGUAGCUUCUGCAGCGCAGACGAUGUCAUGGUCUUCCGCGGCCAAGAAGCUGUCAAGAAGGCAGCAGACAUGGGUGCGAAUGCUGAGCGUGGCCGCCUUCUGCUCAAUGACAGCCUAGGCUUGUUUGAACAGGUCGCAAAGAACCUAACUUUUGAAAACUUGAGGGAGACAGUUGAGCAGUACAUCCAGCUCGAGUUCUAUGCCGGUGCAAUCCGGCUAUCGCUAAAGGUUGCCCAGGAGUGGGACCGUGGAAAUAAGGCCCUUUCGUGGAUCCGAGAGAAAGACGACCCAAGCGUAGACCCCAACGAUGCGCGAAGGGACUUCUACGAGAAGCGUACCGCGUGCUACGACCUUAUUCUGCGAGUCAUUGCGGCGGUUGACCAGGCAUACAACAGCCAAGGCCCGGUACAGGAUGGGGUUGUAUCUCAGGUCACACGGCGCAAGUUCGAAGCGUACGACCAGAUCAACAACUCGGACGAUGAGGUGUUCCAGAACUUCUUGUACAACUGGUACAUGUCGAAUGGUUGGGCAGAGCGACUGCUUGAGAUCAAUUCGCCGUACGUCGUGGAGUACCUGCGUCAGAAGUCCGAGAAGGACAUUGCUCAUGCAGAUCUCCUGUGGCGCUACUACGCUCACUACAACGACUACCUUAGUGCUGCAGAGACACAGUACCAGCUUGCCAAGAGUGAUCUAGGCCUGGCUCUGGAGAAGCGGAUUGAGUAUCUUUCAUUCGCGAAAGCCAAUGCAUCCACACGCAUGACCGGCUUCUCUGAGACUGGUGUACGGAACAGGCAGUCGCGACAAGAGCUCUUGCGUAAUAUCGCCGACCACCUUGACAUUGCAAACAUCCAAGAUGAUAUCCUGGGCAAGCUCAGAAACGACGAUCGACUUGCGAGUGACCCAGCUCGUAAGGAACAAGUGCUUGGACUUCUGAACGGCCAGAUCCAGCCGCUGGACGAGCUGUAUCACAACUACGCCGAUCAGGCCGGCUACUACGACGUUUGCUUGCUCAUCUACCACGCCGCAGACCAUCGUAACAUCCCUGACAUCCGGAACACCUGGUCCAAUCUCGUCGAGCAGGUCCACAGGCAGGCCAGAACAGCCAAUAUCCCACAACCCUGGGAGGUGCUUGCGCUCAAGGUCGAAGAAAUCGGUCGCCGCGUCAACAUGAACGAGAACGUCUUCCCCGUCAACAUCGUCCUCCAGCUGCUCCUCCAGUACGACCUCGAAUACUACACACACGACAUCAACUCCAACAACCGAGACCUCAUCCUCAACUCCAGCGUCACAUGGCCCAUCGACAUCCUCGUCCGCCUCAACGCACCCUUCGAAUUUCUCGUCGCAACGUUCGAGGCCCUGUGGUACGCACAAGAAGCACCUUUCGCCGGGCGUAACAAGAAGCUGCUCCUCAAGUGGAGCAUCUACACCAUUGAGCAGUGGGGCAUCAUAAGUAGGCGCUCAGGGACACUGUUCGGCGGUGCAGAAAACGCAAUCGGGCUUGCGGAGUAUCUGCGAGUCGUGCUUGGUAGCGACACUCUAGGUCGCGACGCAGAGGACCAGCAGUGGCUACAAAGAGCAAGGGAUGCUAGGGAUGUAGUUGAGGAGGCUGCACGAUAG